AUGGGCGUGGCGGAAAGCCUUCCUUGCGUGCGCUUGAACUUGAUACUUUCGGUGGCUGCCUUGCUAGCGUUCAACCUGUGUGGCCCAGCAGGCUUCGGGGAUUUGCAGGUUCCAGCGGCCUACGACUUGGUCACCUUCGGGGCCGACAGGGCGGUCGAAUGGAGGCCACCAGACAAGCUGGCGGAGGGUGCUGUGAGAUUUGCCACAGUGCGUGCCUGGUCUGGCGUCAUUGGAGUCUCGAUCUCAUACCACCUUGCAGAGCGUGGGGUGAAAACAACCGUGGUAGACCGAGCAGGCAUCGCCUCCUGUGCAAGCGGAAAGGCUGGUGGAUUUCUGGCACGCAAUUGGAAUACUGGAACACCCACAGAUGAGCUUUCUCAAAAGAGCUUUGACAUGCAUGAGGAGGUAGCAAAGAAACUAUCUCUGAGUUCUUACCGUCGAUUGAAAUGCCAGAGUGUGGCGGUGGACGGAACAGGUGCAAAGCCCGCCGGUGCCAAGUUGAAAAACCUGGAGUGGACUGACCUGGGCGUGCGAGGGAGUCGCCUCAUGGGGGACGAGAGCACCAUCGCACAGGUCCACCCCAAGGAGUUGUGUGAUGCUAUGUGGAGCCAUAGCGAACAGCAAGGCUCCAAAUUUAUAAAAGGAGUUGUGGAAACUCUCUGCUACGAGGAGGGUGAUUCCGGAAGACACAUUGUCGGUGUUGUGGUCGACGGUCAUAAGAUCGCCGCAGAUGUCGUGAUCCUCUCCAUGGGACCUUGGGGUGAAGUUCUCCAGCAAGCGGUGCCCGCCUGUGGCAUGUUGGGCGUGAAGUACCACAGCGUUCUGAUGCGAAGCGGGCGGGUCCUGAAUGAGGCUGUUUUUUUCUCUGGCCUUGGGGAUCCAGAAGUUUAUCCACGCAACGAUGGUAAUCACUAUGUCACUGGCUUCCCGGAUCCACCGCGGGUGGUGAAGGAAAUCCCUGGUGAAGUCGAAGUGCGAGAAGAAAUGUGCUCUCGACUCGUCAAGACUAUGCAGCAAGUGAGCUCCGAGAUGGCUGACGCAGAGGUUACCACCAAGCAAUCGUGCUACUUGCCGUUCACACGCGACAGUGUCCCUUGCAUGGGGAAGGCCCCGAAGCACGACAAUGUUUAUGUGGCAACGGGCCAUGGGUGUUGGGGCAUCCUUCUCAGUUUGGCAAGCGGAAAGGCCAUAUCGGAGCUGAUUGUUGAUGGAAAAACCACGUCAAUCAGUUUAGAUCCCUUCGACCCAAAGCGCUUUGGCUAA